AUGAAAUUCCAGGCUGUGGCAGUCAUUCUUCUCAUCUCUCUCCUUUGUCUAGAGGUCAAAGGACAAUGGCCUGACUUUUCCAUGUGCCGGUUCCUGCCACCCUGCCCCAGGAAUGAGUUGGCAGCUCAAUCCCCGACAGAGGGACUGGCAGCCAUGCAGUCCGCUCAGGGGGGGGCGACAGAGCCCAAGAAGGGGAGCCGGCAGUCGGGGGUGUUGCAACUGCGAGCAAGUCCUUAUUUUGAUGCUCAGCCCUCCUUCCCCUGCCUGCACAGAGAUUUACUGCCACUUUUUGUGGAAAUGGCCCAUUGGCAGGUGCAGAAAUUUCCUAUCGACAAAAUUCCUAUCGACAAAAUUCCUAUCGACGAAAUUUCUAAAAUCCCUGGAAUUUCCGGAAUUCCUAUCGACGAAAUCAAGAAUAUUUUUAGUCCUCAACGAAAACGACGAGCUUUACCACUUCCAGCUGGAGAAUUGCCCGCACCACCACAACCUGGACAAUUGCCUGCAGCACCACAACCUGGACAAUUGCCUGCAGCACCACAACCUGGACAAUUGCCUGCAGCACCACAACCUGGACAAUUUCCUGCACAACAACCAUUUCUAAAAAAUUUUGGUGGAUCAAAAUUUGGAAAAAAACUCCGUGAUGGAUCAAAAUUCGGAAAAAAGUUUUGCCGUUGCCCAGAAUCGAAACCAGUGACUGAGGCACCAGCACCCGCUGAGCAGCAGCAAAUUCAUGCUGAGCCAGAGAAUUAAAGAUGACUGGAUCCUGACACAGAUGCUGGAACACAACAAUGCUUUGCUGCUCAAGUCCCUUCAACCCAAUCAAAUGAAAAUGGAGAACCACUAAUGACAGUAGUAAAAUUUAGACAAAUUCAUUAACAGUUACUGAUUUUGUUUCCUGAGUAACAAAAAAGGCUGAGGGUAAAAUGUACUGCCCUCCUACUGCCUGACAGAAUGUCAAACGCUUUGCAAAAAUAAAAAAAAUGAAACUGCA